GAAAAGCAAUUAAAAAGAAAACCACCGUUUUCGUUUUUAAAAUUCAUUUGGGAGAAUUAGAGAAGACUGAAGGGAUUGCCAAUUAUUGGAAGACGAGGAAAUUUAAGAACACCGACGAAGUGGCAUUGAUGUAAUAAAGCAAAAGAAUAAGCUCAAUUGGAAAUGCAAGAGGGUUAUAAAUCGGACACGAGUCUAAUGUUUCCUUCUAUCCUUGUCUGACAGUCGCAUCUGUUUGUAGCGACAGUCCCUUCUUCAUCAACUAUUGUUUCACUCCUCCGUUUUAGUACUACAAACAAUCAAAUUUUAUCACCUCUGUUUUUUCUGUAAUCCACAGCCAUGGCCUCCAUGGCCUCUUCUACGUUCUUACUCGGGUUCCUCUUCCUCAUUCUUUCUCUGACAAUCACCGCCAAGAAAACCUACAUUGUUCACAUGAAACAUCAUGACAAGCCCCUUUCUUUCGAAACUCGCCAUGAUUGGUACAGUUCCAGCUUGCAAUCACUCUCCGCCGCCCCUGACUCUCUUCUCUAUUCCUACACCACCGCAUUCAAUGGCUUCGCGGCCUCUCUCGAUCCAGAACAAGUUGAAUUGCUUAGGAAAUCAGAUUCUGUUCUGGGUGUUUACGAAGACACACUUUACACUCUCCACACUACUCGUACCCCGCAAUUCCUCGGCCUUGACGCUGAAUUCGGGCUCUGGGCUGGCCAUAACACUCAGCAACUCGAACAAGCUUCUCGGGAUGUGAUCAUUGGAGUUUUGGACACUGGAGUUUGGCCAGAAUCUAUGAGCUUCGAUGAUUCCGACAUGCCUGAUCUUCCUUCUAAGUGGCGUGGCGAGUGCGAAUCAGCUCCCGAUUUUAGCUCCAAGUUUUGCAACAAAAAACUCAUUGGAGCACGAAGCUUUUCGAAAGGUUACCAUAUGGCCACUGGUGGUGGUGGAAUUUACAAGAAACCCAGAGAGGUCGAGUCCCCACGUGACAAAGAUGGUCAUGGAACCCACACUGCCAGCACCGCCGCGGGUGCUCACGUUGCUAACGCUAGCCUCCUCGGAUACGCCAGCGGAACUGCUCGUGGAAUGGCAACUCACGCUCGCGUUGCCACGUACAAGGUUUGCUGGGAAACUGGUUGCUUCGGAGCCGACAUUCUCGCGGGUAUGGAUCAGGCCAUCCAAGACGGCGUCGACGUCCUCUCAUUAUCCCUUGGCGGCGGAUCUGCACCGUAUUACCGCGACACCAUCGCUAUUGGAGCCUUCGCGGCGAUGGAGAAAGGCAUUUUUGUUUCUUGCUCUGCUGGCAACAGCGGGCCCACGAAGGCCACUCUUGCCAAUGUGGCACCAUGGAUUAUGACGGUUGGCGCCGGGACUUUAGAUCGAGAUUUCCCCGCUUAUGCCGUUUUAGGAAACAAAAUCCGUUAUAAUGGCGUUUCUCUCUACAGUGGUCAAGGAAUGGGAAAUAAACCGGUUGGUUUGGUUUACAACAAAGGUAACAUGUCGAGUAAUCUAUGUUUGCCUGGUUCACUCGACCCUGCUUUCGUACGUGGGAAAGUAGUAAUUUGCGAUAGAGGAACGAACGCGCGUGUGGAAAAAGGAGCAGUCGUGCGCGACGCUGGCGGGGUGGGGAUGAUCUUAGCGAACACGCCGGUUAGCGGUGAGGAAUUGGUGGCCGACAGUCACUUGUUACCGGCCGUGGCGGUGGGGAGGAAAGUUGGUGAUCUAAUUAGGGAAUACGCACGGUCCGAUCCUAAGCCGACGGCUGUUCUAGUUUUUGGCGGGACGGUGUUAAAUGUGCGUCCUUCACCGGUGGUUGCGGCGUUUAGUUCACGGGGGCCCAAUAUGGUGACGCCGCAGAUCUUGAAGCCGGACGUGAUUGGGCCUGGUGUCAACAUUCUGGCUGCUUGGUCAGAGGCAAUUGGGCCCACUGGGUUGGCGAAGGACACGAGGAAGACCAAGUUCAAUAUUAUGUCAGGUACAUCCAUGUCCUGUCCGCACAUCAGUGGGCUGGCAGCGCUGCUCAAGGCAGCUCAUCCCGAAUGGAGCACAAGUGCAAUCAAAUCGGCUCUCAUGACCACUGCUUACACCGAGGAUAACACCAAUUCUUCUCUCAGGGAUGCUGCCGAUGGUUCCUUGUCUAACCCAUGGGCUCAUGGGGCUGGCCAUGUCGACCCCCAGAAAGCUGUUUCUCCAGAAUUGCAGAAGGCAGAGAAGCGAAAAGCACGAUGUAGUACCUCAGAUCGCACGUGA